GGGGGAGCUGCUUCCGGGUGAGCCGCCCCGCCCCCACGUGGGCCCCGAGAGACUAGAACGCGCUUCGGCGGUGGCGGGAGCGGCAGCUGGGAGCCCCUGAGGAAGCAGAGCUGAGUGCGCAGCCCAAGCCCCACAAGCCUGCAGUGCCCACCAGCCAGCUGCCACAUUGCCGCCGUGCCCACCAUGCAGCCUCAGUCAGUUCUGCACAGCGGCUACUUCCACCCGCUGCUUCGCACCUGGCAGGCAGCCGCCACGCCCCUCAGUGCCUCCAACCUCAUCUACCCCAUCUUCGUCACGGACGUUCCUGAUGACGUACAGCCCAUCGACAGCCUCCCAGGAGUGGCCAGGUAUGGCGUGAACCGGCUGGAAGAAAUGCUGAAGCCCCUGGUGGAAGAGGGCCUGCGCUGUGUCCUGGUCUUUGGAGUCCCCAGCAGAGUCCCCAAGGAUGAGCGGGGUUCUGCAGCCGACUCCGAGGACUCCCCAGCUAUCGAGGCCAUCCGCCUGCUACGCAAGACCUUCCCCAGCCUCCUGGUGGCCUGUGAUGUCUGCUUGUGCCCCUACACCUCUCAUGGUCACUGUGGGCUCCUGAGCAAGAAUGGGGCAUUCCAGGCUGAGGAGAGCCGCCAGCGGCUGGCAGAAGUGGCCCUGGCCUAUGCCAAGGCAGGAUGUCAGGUGGUAGCCCCAUCGGACAUGAUGGAUGGACGUGUGGAAGCCAUCAAGGAGGCUCUGAUGGCCCAUGGACUUGGCAACAGGGUAUCAGUGAUGAGCUAUAGUGCCAAAUUCGCAUCCUGUUUCUAUGGACCUUUCCGGGAUGCGGCUCAGUCCAGCCCAGCUUUCGGAGACCGCCGCUGCUACCAGCUGCCACCCGGAGCACGAGGCCUGGCCCUGCGAGCAGUGGCCCGGGACGUACGGGAAGGAGCCGACAUGCUCAUGGUGAAGCCAGGAAUGCCCUACCUGGACAUCGUGCGGGAGGUGAAGGACAAGCACCCUGAGCUCCCUCUUGCUGUGUACCAUGUUUCUGGAGAGUUCGCCAUGCUGUGGCAUGGAGCCCGGGCCGGGGCGUUUGAUCUCAAGGCUGCUGUUCUGGAGGUCAUGACCGCCUUCCGCCGUGCAGGUGCCGACGUCAUCAUCACCUACUACACGCCUCAGCUGUUGCAGUGGCUGAAGGAGGACUGACGGGGACCGUGCACAAGACCAAGAGCUAGAACUUUUAAAAGGUCCCCGGGCCUUGGAGAAGCGAAAACCAAAGUAAAUGCUGCUUUUGAACUGUG